GCUGUGAUUGGUCAGCGUUUCUCCUGGUUACCAGCCCUCGCUGAACGCAACAACACACAGACGCUCUUGCUGCAAACAGAAGGGCGAUUUCAGCUGAGAAAUGUCAUGGACUGAGCUCAGGAGGAGCAGGGGAGGGAAACACUCCUCGGCCGAGGAGAAGCUGGAUGAAUAUUUAAUCAACCUGCAGCACAAAAACAGGGCCUUGAGAAGACUGCAGAGGAAGGACCCUCGCCAGGCGGAGUUGGAGCUUUUGGAGCAGGGCUUCAAUCUGUACAUCAACGGCGCUCAUGUCAACACUGCUAAUGCGCCUCAGAACAGCCGAUCCAGCAGGAAAACCGUCCAGCCUUCAGUAGCGGCCCAUCCGCCGGCACAGAGAAGCACACGCACUGCAGAUUCAUCCAGAGAGAGUGGAGAGAAGUGUGCGGUCGAUCGACAGAAACAGAGGAGCCACACGGCGCCUGAGAAAGCACAGAGACGACGAUGGGUGCAGGAAUCUGUGUACAUCUGCACUGAGAAAGAAAAACAAGCGAAGAUUUCACCAGAGCACAGAUACUCCGAUGACUUUGAGCCGUACGAGAGUGGAGAUAUGGAGUCUGCUUACGACAGCAGUGAAGCGUCACGUUCUGUCGCCCUGACGUCACGCAGCGAGUCGGAGCCUGUCGACAGGGUUCUUCUGAAUGCUGACCAGGUCAAGGCACUGCGACGCAGCCUGGAGGUGAGCGUCAGACGCAGCAGUCGAGACUCAGCCGGAGAGGAGUCGGAGGAGGAAUGGAUCGAGGAGCAGAUCGAGAGAGAGGAAAGCAGCGACAGUCUCCCUGACCUCACACUUCCUGCCCAACCCACAAGCCAGCCAAUCAGCAAGCAGCUCAGCCAUGGUGACCUCAUCAUGCUGGAAUUCAGCCCCUCCUCGCAAGGUGGGCGAAAGAUCGAACACUCUCUCUCAGCUAAAAGAAAGGACAAUGUGGAGUCAUACAUCCCUACCAAACCAGUCACCGUCAGGAGACCGACAGAGAGAACAUCUGCUAGCAGACAGGAGAAGUCACGGAUGUGCAGUCGUAUAGAGCGCCCUCUGUCUGCGGCUCGUAAGGUGCAGGAGGAGCGAGAUUCAGAGGAAACGGCUGCCGGCGUAUUUCAGGCCCUGCAGAGAGAAAACUUACCGCUGCAAACGCACCGGCAGGAGAGGAGUACGGCCCAACACACGCCGGAGGAGGAGGAGGAAGAUGAUGAUGAUGACGAGCAGAUUCGGGUUAUCAGAGCUAUGCGGAGAAUCGCUCUCAUGGAACCAAGGUAUACAGUCCUAAAGCAUGAUCUGGAUGUUGGCGCGCGACACAUUCGCUUGUAUGUUAACAGCACUCUGGUGUUCGAGGGUCACUUGGAGAAGGGCUGUGGUAACCAGGUCUUUGACUACAGCAACUCCAUUGAGCUCCAGGAACCACAUCUCCCAGAGUGCACCUCUCCAAGCCCUGUCUCUUCAGGACACAGUCUGCAAGACUGCAGUCCACAUGAGCCAGAGCCUCAGGAGUCGAAUGCUGGUGUUUCAGUAGUAGAAACAAGCCAGGACAAAUCUGACCCAGUUAACCCUGGCAGCUGUGUGGCAGAAAUGCAGAGAGACUCUCUAGAAAGAGAUGACUCUUCUCCUCUGGACCUCAUGUUACCCGCCGGCCGGACGGAGGCGAUGAAGACGGUGACCACGCAGCCGUCCUCCAGUCGGAUUCCACAUUGGCUCCAGGCGCUGAAUCGAACCGCAGCAGACGAGGCCGAAGCGACUCGGGAUCGAGAGCGUCCUCAGUGGCUCCAGUCGCAGAAUACAGCCGAACCCAAAUCCAAACACUCAGUGCUGCCUGACAUCUCGUGCAACCCUGUGCGCUCCUGUAAAGAGGCCUCCAGCAACAAAGGCCUGCAGAGAGCAGCGUCCGGCGAAUUCAGUUCUGAUUUGGUGGAUUUGGACCCCGAUCUGGGACUGAAUUACAGCUUGCGGACAGAGCAAGAACCGCACUUAGAGCAGCACUUGAGCGAUCGGUUGGACCAGGGUUUGGACCUGUGGGAUGAGCGGUUUGAGAGGACAGAGCGGCCCAUCAGUGGCAGGAGAGGUUCAGCACGGUCUGUAAACAGAACACAACCGGACCGCAGCAGCGACUUCACCUCAACAGAGGAAAGCAGCCCGACGUCCGUCCGUAACAGAAGACCGAAACCUCAUUGGUGCGAACCGGAUGACCCAUUAAUGGAAUCCUGGGACUCGUUGACGAAGUUUAACCAGUGUCAGCGAGGGCGGAUCUCCAACAUGGGGCUGGAGGGAGAUAUUUUCGACGAGUUUGUUCAGCGUCAAUCCCGUCCGACACCCGUCUCCACCCGACGCCUCUCUGCACCGGCGCUCCCUGAUUCUGACGACCCCGAAGACGACCCUCGUGACGAGGACUUUGAGAUCCCGGUUCUCCCGCAGGGUCGCCACCUCGGCAUUAACAUCCUGUCCACGUGGGGCGACCGUCACUAUGUCGGCCUCAACGGUAUCGAGAUCUUUUCCUCCAGCGGUGAGCCGGUCACACCGAUCCACAUCGUGGCGGACCCGCCGGAUAUCAAUAUCCUGCCGGCCUAUGGGAAAGACCCACGAGUCGUUACUAACCUGAUAGACGGAGUACACCGGACGCAGGACGACAUGCACCUCUGGCUGGCUCCGUUCACACCGGGUCGCAAGCACGUCAUCAGCGUGGAUCUGGGUGUUAGAUGUUGCCUGGCGAUGAUCCGAGUUUGGAAUUACAACAAGUCCAGGAUUCACUCGUUCAGAGGAGUGAGAGAAAUGGAAAUGAUUCUUGAUGGUCGUUGUAUAUUCCGAGGGGAGAUCGCCAAAGCUUCUGGAACGCUUUCAGGAGCACUGGAUCAGUUUGGCGAUACUAUCCUGUUCACCACGGAUGAUGACAUCCUGGAGGCCAUGGCGCAGUAUGAUGACACGUUUGGGAGUGAGAUGGGCGGGCCGGGCGUGGAGGAAGAGGAGCUGCAGCGGCCGCGGACGGCUGACGGUGAAGGAGAGGAGAGGCCGUUCACACAGGCUGGGUUCAGGAAGGAGGACACGCACACCCGCAUGGAUCUGGACCACAUCUCUGCAGCUGAACUGUGUGCUGAUACUGGAGAGGAAACAACAGGACUUUAUACUGGCAGUAUUCUGCAGCUGAAUCUGCUGUCAUCGUGGGGUGACCCUCACUAUGUGGGUUUGACGGGGUUCGAGGUCGUUGGUAAGGGCGGGGAGAGUAUUCCUGUUGAUGUCUCUAUGGCAACAGCGUCACCCCGUGACCUCAACGACCUCCCUGAGAACAGCAACGACCUUCGAACUCUGGACAAGUUGUUUGAUGGGAUGAACAUCACCACAGAUGAUAAACACAUGUGGCUGAUUCCCUUCACGUCCGGUUCUGAUCACACACUCGCUGUACGGUUCGGCCAGCCACAGACGAUCGCCGGAUUCAGAAUAUGGAACUACAACAAAUCGCCUGAAGACUCUUACAGAGGGUUGAAGGUUGUGCAUGUGUUCCUGGACAGCGUGUGUAUUUCUCCAAUCGGGGGGUUUCUCAUUCGCAAGGGUCCGGGGAAUUGCCACUUUGACUUCGCACAGGAGAUUCUGUUCAUAGACUACCUACAGUCCAACACGAGCACUGCCGCCCAUAACAGAUCACUCACUACGACCAGCAAAAACACAGAGGACGCGCACGCUCACUGGGGUGGAAACCGGAGAGAUGAGUUGGCCAGUAUGGACUAUGAGGCUCCAUUGAUGCCAUGCGGAUUUAUCUUCCAGCUGCAGUUGUUGACAACGUGGGGUGACCCGUACUACAUCGGCCUUAAUGGACUGGAGUUCUAUGACCAGAAUGACCAGAAGAUCCCGCUCAGUGACAACAACAUCGCUGCGUUCCCUGACAGCGUGAAUGUGUUAGAUAACGUGUGUGGUGACGUCCGCACACCUGAUAAACUGAUAGAUGGGGUCAAUAACACACAUGACGGGCAACACAUGUGGAUUGCACCGGUGCUGCCUGGGCUGGUGAACCGUGUCUAUGUCAUCUUUGACCAGCCAAUGACAGUCUCCAUGAUUAAAUUGUGGAACUAUUCCAAAACACCUCAGCGAGGAGUCAAGGAAUUUGGGCUCCUAGUCGAUGACCUGUUAGUGUAUAACGGGAUUUUAGAGUGUGUGAAGAACAUUUCGCGGGGAAUUCUGCCAACCCUGGAUCCUGUUGUUCCUUACCACACCAUACAGUUCACAGACAACACGCAAAUCACACACCGGGAGAAGAGCACUAUUAUCAGCAACCAUGUGGAGGACCAGGAUGUGAAAUUGACCAAUGAGAAUCAAAUCAUUCACCAGCACAAGAAGAAACAGACAGCUGACCCAGCUCUGCGGCCCAAAACCUGCAUGACGGACGUACGGAAACACGGAAAGCAGCGAUACUGAGAGAAGACGGCAGGGUUCAGGGAUUUUGAAAGCAGGUUUUUUUUUUUUUCUUUUUCCCCUUUGGGAAUAUUUGGAAAACUCAGUAACCUCAACACACACACACACACACUCAAACUGUAUGAUAAAGCUGUGUAUUUGUUUUUGCUAUGAGGUUGUUGUAUUAUAUAUUUUACGUUUUUUUUUAAGUAAGUGUCCUUUGACCAUGUCAUGUGAUUCUGGAUGGAAGUUAAUGCACACCAGUACAUUUCUUUUUUCAUGUCAGAUUCACUUGUGAUAAUCAGAAUUUGUAGCUUGUAUGUCCUACAGCCAUAUUUAAACAGUCUAAUUGUCGAAUAUAUUGGUAACAUUAAGUGUUUACAAUAUUUCAGAUUUACACAGUUUCUAAGUCUUUCACAGUUCUUUCAAAACACUUUUACAAAUAUUAUGCGCAAACUGCCAGUUUACCUCAUAUUAAAGCCACUGUAAUUAUUAUUAAAUA